AACGAGCAGCGGUGCAUCAGCCGCGAGGACCUCGGCUUCUACCAUGGCAUCGUCGUCGGCGCCAUCUACGAGUUCGAGAGCAGCUUUGAUGUCGGCUCGCCGCAGUCCUUCUUUGCGCCGCUCAAACACUGCGUCGACGAGCAGGUCUACCUGGGCGUGACCGUGGCCGAUCGGCACACGGACAAGGCCUACUUCCAGCGCGCACCUCAAAUCAAUCUCGCCGACCACGUCGCCGUCCUCGACCGCGUCCCGGCCGGCAGCGGCGGCAGCAGCAGCCGCUGGGACGCCAUCGAGGCCGUCGUGCAGACGAGCCUCAACGCGCCUUUCCGCCAGGACAUCCCUCCCUGGCGCAUCGUCGUCCUGCCGCUGCAGCACUCAGACUCUCCUACGUCUAGCUCGUGCUUCAUCGCCUUUGUCUACUCGCACCAGAUCCUCGACGGGCCGUCGGGGGUCGCCUUCCACAAGAUGUUCCUCGUGGGCCUCAGGACCAUCGCAGACGACGACGCACAGGCUCCCAUGGGCACCACUGUCAGUGUCAUCGAAACGCGCGAGAGGCCGCUCCCUGCGACGCUCGACGCGCCCGGCCGGCUGCCGCUCUCGUGGUCGUACCUCGUCAGCGCGCUGGCCACGGAGCUGCUGCCGCGGUGGCUGGCAGGCUUGCUCGGGUUCGCGCCGGCCGUCGAUGGCGGCACGUGGACGGGCGCGCCGGCCUUCUUCGACGCGGCCACGACGCGUACCCGCGCCGUGGUGCGCGAGAUCAGCGCGCCGCUCGUCGAGAGCGCCCUGCGCGCGUCGCGCGCCAACGGCGCCCGCCUCACGGGUACCAUGCUCCAGCUCAUCGCGCGCGCGCUCAGCAAGGCGCUGCUCGCUGCCGGUAACCCUGGGGCUGCCGCCACAAACUUCGUCUCGGGCGUCCCGGCCAACCUGCGCGCGGCCGCCGGCGUGCCGCUGGACGAGAUGGGCCAGUUCUACUCGGGCACGUACGUGAAGCUGCCGCGCGUCGACGGCGACGUGUGCGCCGCGGAUCCGCUGUCGACUGACGAGUGGGCGGCCGCUAGGAAGUCGACGCUGGCUUUUGCUGACGUGUCGUCGCGGCUGCGCGACCAGCCGUUUGCGCUGCUGCGCUACCUGCCCAGCAUCCGCGGGUGGAUGGCUGGCAAGCUCGGCAAGCCGCGCGACGUGUCGUUCGAGCUGAGCAACGUCGGUGUCUUUCAUGAUGACGAUGAGAAGAAGAAGGGGGCGAAAAAAGUCGGGAUUACGCAUCCCGUCUUUGCGCAGCCGGGCCACGUCACCGGGCCCCCGCUUGCGUUCAAUACUGUUACUCUCAAGGGCGGCAGUCUUAUGUACACGGUUACCUGGCCCGAGGGCAGCGCGCUGGGGAUUCCCGAAGAGGACGAGGAGGAGUUUGUUAAUGGUAUCUGCGACUCGAUCGAGGCUGAUUUUGGGCGGUUCUGA